ACCGGGGGGCGGGACCCAAGAUGGCGGCCGUGGUGCGGGCGGCGACGCGCCUGCUGCGAGGCUGCGGCUCCGGGGGCUGCUCGCGGCUGAGGUUUGGAGCCCGCACACACCGACAGUUCAGUAGUGGCAGCGCCUACCCCAGCGUUCCCCUCUCUUCACCCUUGCCUGGAGUCCCCAAGCCUGUUUUUGCUACAGUUGAUGGACAAGAAAAGUUUGAAACCAAAGUUACCACGCUGGAUAAUGGGCUUCGUGUGGCAUCCCAAAAUAAAUUUGGACAGUUUUGUACAGUAGGAAUUCUUAUUAAUUCUGGAUCAAGAUACGAAGCGAAAUAUCUCAGUGGAAUUGCUCACUUUUUGGAAAAAUUGGCAUUUUCGUCUACUGACCGAUUUGACAGCAAAGAUGAAAUUCUGCUUACUUUGGAGAAGCAGGGGGGUAUUUGUGACUGCCAGGCAUCGAGAGACACCACCAUGUAUGCUGUGUCUGCUGAUGCUAAAGGCCUGGACACGGUGGUUGGCUUGCUGGCGGACGUGGUCCUGCACCCCAGGCUAACAGCUGAGGAAAUGGAGAUGGCGCGCAUGGCUGUGCGGUUUGAGCUGGAGGACCUCAGCAUGCGGCCCGACCCGGAGCCGCUUCUCACCGAGAUGAUCCAUGAGGCUGCUUACAGGGAAAACACAGUUGGCCUCCACCGUUUCUGCCCCACAGAGAACAUAGCAAAGAUUGAUCGAGACGUGCUCCAUUCCUACCUGAGAAGCUACUACACCCCCGACCGCAUGGUGCUGGCCGGGGUGGGGGUGGAGCAUGAGCAGCUGGUGGAAUGUGCCCGAAAGCACCUCCUGGGAACCCGGCCCGCCUGGGGCAGUGGGGCGGCCGCGCACGUGGACAGAUCGGUGGCACAGUACACCGGGGGCAUCGUCAAGCUGGAGAGAGACAUGUCCAGCGUCAGCCUGGGCCCCGCCCCGUUCCCCGAGCUCGCGCACGUCAUGAUCGGCCUGGAGAGCUGCUCCUUCCUGGAGGCGGACUUCAUCGCUUUCGCAGUGCUGAACAUGAUGAUGGGCGGCGGCGGCUCCUUCUCGGCCGGCGGGCCCGGCAAGGGCAUGUUCACCAGGCUCUACCUCAACGUGCUCAACAGGCACCACUGGAUGUACAACGCGACCUCCUACCACCACAGCUACGAGGACACGGGCCUGCUGUGCAUCCACGCCAGCGCCGACCCCAGACAGGUGCGAGAGAUGGUGGAGAUCGUCACGCGGGAGUUUGUGUUAAUGGCCGGCAGUGUGGACGUGGUGGAGCUGGAGCGGGCCAAGACGCAGCUCACGUCCAUGCUCAUGAUGAACCUGGAGGCCAGGCCCGUCGUCUUCGAGGAUGUGGGGAGGCAGGUGCUGGCCACCCGCUCCAGGAAGCUGCCCCACGAGCUGUGCGCCCUCAUCCGCGACGUGAAGCCAGAGGACGUCAGGAGAGUGGCUUCUGGGAUGCUCCGCAGGAAGCCCGCAGUGGCCGCCCUGGGGGACCUGAGUGACCUGCCCACCUACGAGCAUAUCCAGGCGGCGCUGGCCAGCAAGGACGGGCGCCUGCCCCGGACGUACCGGCUCUUCCGGUAGAGGCGCCGCGGCAGCACCUUCUGUCCUAAUGUUCCACGUGAGAUCCCGCUCAUCGAAAGCCUGAUGGCCCAUAUGAAGCCAACGGCUUCCCUUAGGACCUUCGAGAUGCACGCAGCGGCCCCCCUUCAAGGACAGGAAGCUCCGUCUCAAGCCACACGAACGCACUGCAGCAUGACGUGAACCCCCUCUGCUCUGUGACCUGGGUCAGAAAAAAAGUCUAGAAAGAAUCCGUAAAACCCUACUCAUUUCGAGCCCCGUCACGACAGAAAUCUUUGUAAUGAGAUUUUUUGUGAGUUGAUUCAAAGCUCAACGGCACGUUCUUUGAGCAAGAUUUUAUACGUACAAUCUUAAAGAGUUUCCUGGAAUGGAUGCGAUGGGCUGUGCCUUCCCGUUAAUGGAGUUUCUCCCUUUUGUAUCAAAGGGCGGGCGCGUAGUUUGGAAGCCGAGGCUGAUACACGUUGGACACGGUACUCGCUGGAACUGUCACAUCCUUCAUUGUGCUUCACUCAAGUCUGAAGUAUUCACUUUUCCCUAAUAGCCCCCUUCCAGUGAACACUUACCUGGGGGCGGUGUGAGCAGACCAUGUGGGAAGCAGGUGAGACUGAGCCUCCUGCCUUGGGGUGUGACAGCCUCUUCUUACAAGAGCACUGUAAGGACAGGCUGGCAGCAGGCGGGUUCUUUCGAGGGCUCAGUCUUUGGCCAGGAAGAGUUUAAGAUUCAAUAUAUGCAUUUAUUAAAAAAUAUAAAUAUG